GUCGCUUCAGCGGGAUCGCCGUGAAAGCACCGGAUCGCAGAACGUCACGUGUCUCCGGUGGACAUCACAGGAGCGCAAAGUUCCCGACGAUCCAGAUGGGAAGAGCGGGAAUGCUUUCGCAAGCAGAGGGACCGAAGGACAUCACCUGAGACCGAUGUUAUUCGCACGCGCGCGCUUCACGGUAGACGCAUGCGGCGCCGCAGGAUGCGUGCAUGCGGGAAUUUAACGUUUCCAGUGUUGUUGCAAUGCGGCGGGGAGGAAUCUGAUGAGAGCAGGGAUCUGGGACGGUGAAGGCUGGGAUUCUGCGCUGCUGUAUCUGGAUCCAGACCUCUGAUCGUGCUCUCUCUCCGCUUGCGCAUCGCUCUUCGAAGCCGCGACGAUGACCAGCGCGGAUCAGGAGCAGCAUCAGGACCGCACCGUGACGACGGUCUCCAAGAAAUCCAUCAUCGCCAAGAUGUUCAAAGUGCGUAAGAGGAGGGAGAUGCUGCUGGCGCAGGUGUGUUUGGUCUGCAGUGUUCUGCUCGUGGCGUGGGGCAUGUCGAGCAUCCUGACCAGGACAGGUCAUGGUAUGAUUGUGGAGGAGUGGCAUAUGGAGUCACAUGAUCACUGGGGUCGAAGGCUGAUGUCCUCUGCGCCUGAAAAUGUGACGGAGGUGAAGAACUGCACAGAGCCAGCCAUUCGUGAAUUUCCAGAUGACAUUUUCACCAAUGAUGAGAGGAAGAGCGGUGCUGUAAUGCUACAUAUUAUAGCGGCUCUCUACAUGUUCCUCGCUCUGGCAAUCGUGUGUGAUGACUACUUUGUGAUGUCUCUUGAGAAAAUCUGUGAGAAGCUGAAUCUGAGCGAGGAUGUGGCUGGCGCCACGUUCAUGGCGGCGGGGAGCUCAGCGCCCGAACUCUUCGCUUCUGUUAUAGGUGUCUUCAUCACUCACGGUGAUGUUGGAGUUGGAACAAUCGUCGGUUCAGCCGUCUUCAAUAUUCUCUGCAUCAUUGGAGUUUGUGGGAUCUUUGCUGGACAGGUGGUCGUACUCACCUGGUGGCCAGUUUUCCGUGAUUCUUUCUUCUACAUAUUGUCUGUAAUUGCUCUAAUUGUGUUCAUCUACGAUGAAAAGAUUGUGUGGUGGGAAAGUCUGGUUCUGGUGGUCAUGUAUGCUGUAUACAUCCUUAUCAUGAAAUUUAAUGCAAGCCUGCAGAAGUUCUUCUCAAGGCGGAGCGACAAGAAUGUUGCUAAUGGAAAUGCAGCGUCCGGCAGUGAACUGGAGGACGGUAAAGAGCUUUUAGACUGUAACUGGGACGAUCCGUCCAUACCGCUGUUGGGUCCAGUCAAGUCCAGUAAGGUUUACAGUCGAGGUUCAGUGGUAAUGGUUGAUGAAAUCAUCAACGCUAGUCCUCCACACUACCGUUUCCCUGAAGCCGGGCUCCGUGUGAUGGUCACAAACCACUUCGGACCCAAGACUCGUCUGCGCAUGGCCAGCCGUCUCAUUAUAACGGAGCGUCAGAGGUUGGUCCAGUCGGCUAACGGUGUGGAGACUGCUGUGGUGGACGGCAAGCCAGACAUCGAGAAUGGAAACGUGCCAGAAGACAAAACCGCUGAAGAGAAAGAGAGUGAGCUCACCUCGCCGUUCACAAUACCAGCCGGCUGUGUGAACAGAACUAAAUGGCUGAUCUCUUGGCCGCUGUUAUUGAUCCUGUUCUUCACCAUCCCAAACUGUGCCAAGUCUCGCUGGGAGAAAUACUUCAUGCUCUCGUUCAUCCUCUCCACCGUUUGGAUCGCCGUCUUUUCCUACUUCAUGGUGUGGAUGGUGACGAUCGUCGGAUACACGCUUGGCAUUCCCGAUGUCAUCAUGGGCAUCACGUUUCUGGCGGCGGGCACAAGCGUCCCGGACUGCAUCGCCAGCCUGAUCGUGGCUCGUCAAGGACUGGGAGACAUGGCCGUGUCCAACACCAUCGGCAGUAACGUCUUUGACAUUCUGGUGGGGCUCGGCGUUCCCUGGGCGCUGCAGACCAUGGCAGUCAACUAUGGAUCAGUUGUGAUGAUAAGCAGUCGGGGACUGGUUUACUCCGUGGUGCUUCUGCUGGGAUCUGUCGCGCUCACCAUUAUUGGGAUUCAUCUGAACGGCUGGAAGCUGGACUUUAAGCUGGGCGUCUAUGUGCUGGUUCUGUACGUCAUCUUCCUCUGCUUCUCCAUCAUGAUCGAAUAUAACGUCUUCACCUUCGUCAACCUGCCCAUGUGUCAGGAAGACUAAAAUCUUCACAUGGGCCGCUCCGUAUCCCAGAAUGCACCACCCUGAUGUCAGAACCACCAUCAGCUCAGACUGGAGCGAUGUUAGUCUUCAUGAGGACUAACGCUUAAUUCAAGCUCCUUUCAUUCGACUCAUUUCACUGUGGAUGGAAAAAUGGAUACGAUCUUCCACUUAAGCUCAUUUUGAUGACCUCUGACCCCAGAUUUUGACUCAGAAAGAGGAACUUGUCCUUGGCAGCUCUUCUCUUCCAGUUUAAUAUUGUAGAACGCAUGGAAAAUAGGAAGUCUAUGGACGCCUGGAUAAGCAUUCAUCCUUUUCUACAUGCUUACACUGAUCUAUUUCUAUUUCAUGAACUCUAUUGCUCACACAACUGUUAAUUCUUUUGCAUAAUAUUAGUUUUUUUUUUUUUUUUUUUUUGCUUAAAAGGAAGCAAAAUAAUUAGAAAUGCAAGAGAAAUUAACAUUUUUUUUUUCAUUAUUAUUGUGUCCUAAUUGGGUCAAUUGCCCAUGCAAAUCAGUGCGGUCUCAUUGGUCUAAAAAAAUCUGCAUAUUAAUCAUCAACAGCGUUGCAGCUGGCUGUGAUUAUGUUGCAGCACUGACUCUUUCAUUGCAGACAGACUGAUUACUUGUCAUUGGAAGCAUGUCGUGCCGGAUUAGGACAGAUGCAUGGUUAUUCUGCAUACAAGAUUUUUUUAAUCAGUAUUUUUGGUCUUGUUUUUUUCAGUAGAAAUAUCUAAACAUCCUUUAAACAAGAUAACUUUACUUGAAAACACAUAUGCAUUGAGUAAUUAAGAGAUUGCAGAGAAAAUAUCUUCAAUUAAGUUCAUUUGAAUUAUUCUUACAUCAUUCACAAAUUGUUUUGAGCAUAAACCCGAGUAUUUGGUGAGAUUUAUGCUUAAAGGUUUUAAAAUGCAUAUUUAGAAAUGCAAGAAGAAUGAAAGGAUUAUGUGCUAUCUAUUUUUAUUCUAAUAACAGUUACAAAAUAAU